CCAGACCCCUGCCACGCCCUGUUAGGCCCCGCCCCCCUCUCCCGGCCCCGCCCCACGGACCCCUCUCCCCGCAGCGCCCUGCCACUGGCCCACACCGUGGUGGGGGGCCGCGGGGACCGGCCGCCCCUGGUGCUGCUCCAUGGGCUCUUCGGUAGCCACGGCAACUUCCAGACGGUGGCCAAGGCGCUGGUGCGCGGCGGCAGCGGCAAGGUGGUGACGCUGGACGCCCGGAACCACGGCGGCAGCCCCCACAGCCCCCUGAUGACCUACGAGGCCAUGAGCCUGGACGUUCAGCACCUCCUGACCCGCCUGGGCAUCGCCAAGUGCAUCCUGCUGGGACACAGUAUGGGGGGCAAGACAGCCAUGACACUGGCCUUGCAGCGGCCAGACCUGGUGGAGCGUCUCAUCUCUGUAGACAUUAGUCCCGGUUCCACCGCCCCCGUCUCCGAAUUCUCUGCCUACAUCUCUGCCAUGAAGUCGGUGAAGAUCCCGGAUGGUCUCUCCCGCUCUGCUGCCCGCCAGCUGGCAGAUGAUCAGCUGCGUCCGGUGGUCCAGCUCCCGCAGCUGAGACAGUUCCUCCUCACCAACCUGGUGGAGGUGGAGGGCCGCUACAUCUGGCGGGUGAACCUGGAGGCUAUUUCCCACCACUUGGCAGACAUCAUGAACUUCCCCGUCUUCCACAAGCCUUAUCCUGGCCCCACACUCUUCUUGGGAGGAUCCAACUCGCCCUAUAUCAGCUCCAAAGACUACCCUGAGAUCAAACGCCUCUUCCCCAAGGCAGACAUCCAGCACAUCGAAGGGGCAGGCCACAUAGUCCAUCAGGAUAAAUUUGAAGAAUUCAUCACUGCUGUCCUCAAUUUCCUGCCAGCACCAUAGUGCUGGGGACCGGGGUUUCUGCAAGCACCUCGUGGGACCUGAGGAGCUCCGGGCCGGGACAUGGGGCUCUGUGAGAAGGGGCUCAGCUCAGCCCAGCCCAGCUGCCCACUUUGCAGUCCGGUCCUGCCUGCAAGGCCUUCUCCCACCCCAGGUCUCCUGGAGACGGAGUGGAGAGGCGCCUCCAACCCACUGAGCUCUCCUGACACUCUGCAGGGACAUGGGGUGGCACCAGCCCAGGACACUGCCCUUUUGGUGCAGCCUGUCCCACCUGCACUGGAGGGGACACUAGGAGGUGACAGGAGAGCCCUCUUGGUUUCCUGCUGCCAGACCACCUGGUUGUGGGGCUGGAUGUGAUUUGGCAAAACGUGCAAUAAAGCUGAAUCCGCGCCAAGGUA